AUGCCUCCUGUCCCUCCGGAUUCGGGACUAAAUGUCAUCGCCCUGAUCUCCGGCGGCAAAGACUCGCUCUACUCCCUGCUACACUGUAUCCGCAACGGCCACCGAGUUGUGGCGCUGGCGAAUCUGUACCCAGAGCCAAAGAAGAACCCAGAUUCCCAACAUGCUAGUGCGACCAAAGAGGAGGCGACAGCCACAGAGCAAGAAGAAGAGACGGAAGAUAUCGACAGCUUCAUGUACCAAACAAUCGGCCACAGCGUCAUCCCGCUCUACGAACCCGCCCUGGGCAUCCCCCUCUAUCGGGCCCCAAUCACAGGCGAUGCGGUCGACACCGCAAGAAUAUACCGACACGACGCAGCAGAUCAAGCAGCCGAGACAGACAGCCUGCAAGACCAAAAAGAAGAUGAGACUGAAUCACUGAUGCCCCUCCUCCGGCGCAUCAAAGAAGCCCACCCAGAGGCCAACGCCGUCUCAGCCGGCGCCAUCCUCUCGACGUACCAGCGCACGCGUAUUGAGAACGUCGCUGCCCGUCUUGGGCUGGUGCCCCUAGCGUGGCUGUGGAUGUAUCCCACUCUCCCGCCGCCGACGGAACGCCAGACGGAUUCCAUGGCCGUGACCGAGGCAGGACUGUUGGAGGACAUGGCUGCUUGCGGAUGUGAAGCGCGCAUUAUCAAGGCUGCGUCGGGCGGACUGGAUGAUGGACGCAUCGUUAAGGCUAUGAGGCGCUUUGCGGCACCUGAGGAUCUUCGUGGCGCGGUUCUUGGUGAAGGGGGGGAAUACGAAACGCUAGCUCUCAAUGGGCCUGGUUUUCUAUGGAAACAGAGGAUUGAGAUUGACUCCAGAGAGACUCAGACGGCGGAAGGUGGAGUGGCUUUUAUGAGUUUGAAGGGGGCGCGCUGUGUGCCUAGAGAUGCGGAACAAGAGGGAGCACUCUCUCCGCAAGACGUGAGGAGACCGGCUUUGUUGGAUGCGCCAUUUGCUUCUUUUGCUUUGGAGGACCAAUCUUCUCCACCGCUAUCAUCACUAUCGGGUUCUACUACAGAGACCAGUGUGACUACAGAAUGGGCUGGCUGCGAGCCUGUUCAUCGGCAGACAGGAACGGCCUGGACAAUUUCGAAUCUGACUGCGCCCGAGGCUGGUACCGGUGCCGGGGAACAGAUGAAGGGCAUCGCCGAUAAGAUCCAGCAAGAAUUGAACGCAUCUCAUGCCCGAUCGACAGAUGAUAUCGUGUUUACUACAGUGCUCCUCCGCUCCAUGUCCGACUUCGCCUCCAUGAACAGUGUCUACGUAUCGCUGUUCAAGAAACCAAAUCCCCCAGCGCGGGUCACUGUAGCCUGCGGAGACCGACUGCCAGCAAACGUGAAGGUGAUGAUCUCUCUUGUUGUGGACCUGGGUGCGCGGGGCCAUCGACAAGGUCUUCAUGUCCAGUCCCGGUCGUACUGGGCCCCGGCGAAUAUCGGGCCCUAUUCACAAGCCAUGUCCGUUCCAGGGCAAGAAUUAGGCAGGCUGGUUUAUAUUGCUGGACAAAUACCGCUAGAUCCUGCUUCUAUGGAGCUGGCAUCGCCAGAAGAGACUAAGACUUACCACCUACGGACCGUUUUGGCUCUCCAGCACCUCUGGAGGAUUGGAGAAGCCAUGCAAGUGGACUGGUGGAUGGGUGCCGUGGCCUUCCUGGCUGGCAGUGAGCACUCUGAUGCUCGCGCUCAAGUAGCUUGGCGUCUGUGGGAGAAGAUGCAUGCUCGACCAGCAGCUACUGAGGAUGCGGAUGAUGAGGACGAGGGACCCCAGCUGGAUAUCUGGGAUAUCAAGUACGGUCGCCGGGCAGAGGAGCUGGCUCCUCCGGAUCCUUCAUGGGUCUUGCCAAAAUUCGGCAUCCUCAAGGCCGACUCGGCCACAUUUAUCCCGCCAUUCCUGGCCGUCCAGGUCGAUGAGCUGCCUCGAGGCAGCGAUAUCGAAUGGCAAGGUCUGGGCAGCCGAUGCCGACAAGCCCAGCUGACAACACAACAUAAAGGCUCGACAUUUAUAAAUGAAAGCUGCAGUUACUCCGUGAUGGAGAUCGAAUCGGAAUCGGCUUUGGACGCGGCCAAGACGCAGUGCCCGAGGCUGGUACAGGCGACGCUGUAUACCACACAGAACAUCUCUGCUGGGUCCUGGCCGGGCCAGAUUGUGCCAUGUCGGUCUGUCUGGGGUCGAGGAGGAAGGAGAUUGGCUGCGGGAGUUGUCUUACAUCGGGAGAAAUGA